AUGCGAAGUCUACAGAUUCUUGCACUGUGUUCACUCCUUGCAUCAGCUGUAGCGCAGAGUGGGAGCUUAAAAUGUGGCGGGAAAUGGCAGCAGUAUAACGGCAAAUGUUAUAUAGCAGUCGGAUCCAAGAAAACUUGGGGCGAUGCGAGGAAGGAUUGUCAGAAGAGGGGUGCCGAUGGAGGAGAUCUUGUCUUAAUACCAGAUACGGGUACCAACACGUUUCUCAAGAAGGUGCUCACUGGAGUUUCAGACAACACAUGGAUCGGUUUACACGACAUUGCGAAGGAGAACAAGUUCAAGUGGGUGGAUGACCAAACACCUGCCGCUAAAGGUUUCACGAACUGGGCACCUGGUGAACCUAACAAUGCUGGUGAAGAGGACUGUGUCAUGAUUUUUACGUCAGAUCCAAACUUAGUUUGGAAUGACGAUGCCUGCUCCACCAAACUUGCGUACAUCUGUGAACGUAACAUCAAUGCAGUUCCAAAAUGUGACUCGGCAAAUGGGUGGAAUAACUACAACGGUAUGUGCUACAGAUACUUUUCCUACAAAACAACAUGGCAGUCGGCUGAAAACGAUUGCAAGCUGACACCAGGUGGACAUCUAGCUUACGCCAAAACUGCUGACGACCAGGCGUUUUUAGACAACUUGCAAUACAGUCAUGGAAACGAGUACUGGCUUGGUCUAUCUGAUAAGAAAAGUAACAAACAGGGCGUUUAUAAAUGGAGUGACGAUUCAGCAUUUGACGCAACAAAUGAUUUCUCUAAAUGGGACAAAAAUCAACCUUCAAAUCAGUUCUAUGGGAAGGAAGGCGACUGCACAAGGGUCAGGACAACCGGUUCUUGGUACACUCAAAAGUGCACGGACAAGAGCAGAUACGUGUGUGCUAUUCCAGAAGGUUAG